AUGCCACAAAACAUCCAACAACCCGCCAACCGCAUAACCCUGACCAAUAUCUCGCUCGUCCGCUACCGCAAACGCAAAACCCGAUUCGAACUCGCCUGCUACAAGAACAAGCUUCUCGAAUACCGCUCCGGGGCCGAAACCGACCUCGACAACGUCCUGCAAGUGCCCACCAUCUUCUUGAACGUGUCCAAGGGCGCCGCGGCACCAAACUCGGACCUGGAGAAGGCUUUUGGGAAAAAUUAUGAUAAGGAUGCGGUGAUCAAGGAGAUCCUGGAAAAGGGCGAGUUGCAGGUGGGUGCUGGGGAGAGGAGGGAGGAGCGGGAGAGGUUGGAAAAGGAGGUGCUGGAUUUGGUGGGGGCCAGGCUUGUGGAUCCGACUUCGAAGAGGGUUUAUACUUCUGGCAUGAUUAGGAAGGCGUUGGAGUUGUUGAGUCAGCAGGGGGGACAUCGGCCUGUGGAGGGGGGUUUGGGCGAGAAGUUGGGGAGGUUGAAUUUAAAUGCCAACACGGCGGGGAGUGGACUUGGUGGUCCUGCGAAGAAUGGGGCAGUACCGGUGAGCAGGGGAGAAAGUGAGGCUGCUACGCCGGCUACCGCUACACCGGGCACGGACGAUGGAGAAGGACAUGAAGGUCAUGGUGGGGAUAGGCACCAUAAAGGGAAGAGCAAGAAAAGCGACAUGCCGAUGUGGACGGGUGUGGUCACUACGAAGAGCGCGAAGAGUCAGGCUUUAGAAGCCAUGAAGGCGCUGAUCGCCUGGCAACCUAUCCCUGUGAUGAGAGCGAGGAUGAGGCUGAGAGUCACCUGUCCCACCGCGAUAUCCAAGCAGGCAGCGAAGUCGAAAGGUACUACGGCUGAAGAUGGUGAUGAUGCCGAGAAGACAGAGCAACAACAAGGAAAGGGGACGAUUAAGGAUCGGAUACUGUCUUAUAUUGAGCAGGUGGAGAGUCAGGACGUGCUGGGGGAGGAGUGGGAGGUCAUUGGGUUUGUGGAGCCCGGUGCUUUUAAAGGGUUGGGUGAGUUUGUGAGUGGAGAGACAAAGGGGAGGGGAAGAGUAGAGGUAUUGGAUAUGGCGGUUACGCAUGAGGACUAA